AUUUGUUCAUUAUUUUAGUGUACAGUUUUUAUAUUAGGAUAGAAAAAUAUACGAAAUGGAUGAAAUUAUACCGUUCCUAUCGAGAAUGGCACGAUUUGACCUGAAGGCAGUUUCUCUUUCAACCGUUCUUGGAUUUACACGCUCAGUGGACGGUAUAAGUAUGCUCAUCGAAAACGAAACCGUCCUCGAAUGCCUGUUCGACCUAACGGAAGAUGCAUCGCAAACGCUAGCAAAGGAUGCUGUGCUAUGCUUCGUAAACAUCACUGCGGAGGAGAAAGGCGCACAAGUGAUCGUCGAAAAGCUUUCGGCUCGUUUGGUUCCGGCUGCCUACCGGUCGGUGUUGGACGAGAACUCAAACCUGAGCGACGCCUGGUGUAUGGUUCUAUGCAAUAUUAGCCGUCACGAAUCGUUGGUCGAAACGGUGGUGAUGCAUUUGCUUUCGAUCGAACAUUCCAUCGAUAAAUUGACGACCUGCUUCACCCGCGUAAACUACAACAAGCAGAAAGGGCACCUCAACUACCUCGGACCGCUGUUUAGCAAUGUUUCGCAGUGCGCGAGUGGUCGGGCAGUUUUUUGCAACAGAUCAACGGGGCUGUUGCGUCGAAUCUUACCGUUCGUACAACACACCGAAAGUAUCGUACGGCGUGGUGGUGCCGUUGGCUUGCUGAAAAACAUUUGCUUCGAUUCGACGGUUCACGAGUGGUUGUUGAGCGAACAGAUGGACAUUCUACCCUUCAUUCUACUGCCACUUGCGGGUUCCGAAGAAUUCGAUGAUGAGACGAACGAUAUGUUACCGACUGAACUGCAAUAUCUGGGGCCCGAGAAGAAGCGCGAAGAAGAUCCCGAUAUACGUAAGAUGUUGGUGGAAUCAUUGGCGCAGCUCUGUGCCACACGUAACGGACGGAUUUACCUGCGAAACCGGGGAACAUACGAGAUUCUGCGGGAACUACACAAGUACGAAUGCACCGAGCAAGGCGAUAAAUCCGUGUUGGCAGCCGUCGAAAAUGUAGUAGACAUUUUGAUAAGAACGGAAGAAGAAAUCGGUGAGGACAAUCUGAAGGAGUUGGACAUUCCGGAUGAUGUUAAAAGUAAGAUUGAAAAUUUGAACGAUGAGCAGAGCUAA